GCGAUAUUCCCAUCCCGGCUGUGGACAGUGGAGGAGCUGCAGAGAUGAUCAACAGAUGAAGUGAAAGCAGUGCAUAUUUAGGAGAUGUUUGUCUCGAGUUUGUUUGUGAAUCCAAAACCUGGUCUCAAGCCAGGAUCAGCUGUGAAAAGCGAGGAGGGAAACUCCUGAAGAUGAUGACCGGGCCAAUCAAAACUUUCCUGAAGAAUGUCAAUAGACACAGAAACAUCAACAAUUUUACCUGGUGGCUGGGAGAGGGGGCCCCUGACAUAAAAAAUGUUGACUUUUCAAAGGACAGCUGCACAUACAUGAAGCUGAAUCCUCUCCAGUUCAUCGUCACAUCCGACUGCAGCCAGAGACGAGGCUUCGUCUGCACCCACAAUUUGUGGUCAUCAAACACAAAGAAGACGAUAAUAUCCAGUCAUGCAACCAGACCCCGGCUCAGGAGGAGUGUAGCCAACAUGUCUACGCUUGUUUCAGAUAUUGAAAGCCUCAUUCGUGAAGCAGAACUAGAACUACAGCGAAUGGAAACAACACCAGGGGAGCCGACAAAUGACAACAGAGACGGAUUCAUUAAGUAUUUGUUGGAAGGCACCAAAAAUCUGAAAGAAGAUUAUGCUGCGGAAAACGACAUCAUAAUCAGUCGCAUCAUCAGCUGUAGUACCGGCAUCCUCCUUCUCUCAUUGAAAAAAUGUGACAUCUACACCAACCCAAACCCUACAUCUUUGUUUGAGAGUGUCUUUGAGAUCUUUCGUGUAGUCUCUCUGCUAUUGGGUCAGUUCAGCAAAGAGACAAUUGUUAUAAAGCACCCAACAGGCACAAUCUAUCAGGCCAGUUUCGAAACUGCUGACCUCAACAAUGCAGUGCUGGGUUCAGAGCAAGAGGGUGAGUUCAUCAGACUCCCCUCUUUUUCAGCACUAAAUCCUCAGCUUGCACAGUAUAAGACAGUCAUCACUCAGAUGACCACAUUCUCAGGGAAUCCCCAUCCAUCUGAUGACAACAUUUCAGGAACUGUUUUCAACCUUAUACUUAGUGAUGGAGAAGCAGACAUAGAGCUGAAGAAUCUGUCAGAGAUGAUAGAGAUCUAUAUGCCUCAUCCAGUAUCAUCCCUGAUAAAUAGUACUGCUGAGUUGGAGAAAAACACACAAGCAGUGUCUUCUCUCAACGUCUCAGAUCCAAAUGUAACCAUCUUCUUCAGCGUAAUGCCUAAUGUCAAUGUGUCAUUGGCUCUUAAGUUGUUUCACGGGACACCUGGUAAUGGCACAUAUUUCAAUGGCACAACCAUCUUCAGCCAAACAGACGGCUAUCGCUGGAUGAUAACCCCAGACAUGUUACAGGAUACUCCUGGAGCUUGGUAUGUUGAAACCAGUCUCUUUAAUUCCACUUGGGAGCCAGGCCUAACACUGAUGAUCACUUCUUUUAUGAGCAAGUGUUUGUACUGGGACAUAAAGAACGAAUCAUGGAGCACUGAAGGAUGCCAAGUGGGAAAGAAAACCACUCCGGAGAGAGUGCAGUGUCUGUGUAACCAUCUCACUCUCUUUGGGAGCUCCUUCUUUGUGAUGCCGAAUGACGUGGACAUAUCUCGUACAGCAGAGUUGUUUGCCACUGUGACUCAGAACUAUGUGGUGCUGGCACUGCUGUGUGCUUUCUUUGGCCUCUACCUGGUCACUUUGUUGUGGGCCUGCUAUGCUGACCGCAGGGCAAGCUCUAAGAGAAAGAUGACUCUGCUGGAGGACAAUCACGCAGGUGCUCUGUACAACUAUCUGAUCAGUGUCCAAACAGGCCAUCGCAAGAACGCCGGGACUACUGCCAAUGUGACAGUGAAGCUGAGUGGCUCAGAGGGGGAGAGUGACACACACACACUCACAGAUCCUGACAAGCCCGUGUUCGAGAGAGGAGCUGUCGAUGUGUUUCUGUUGGCCACACCCUUCCCACUGGGCGAAGUGAGAAACGUCAGGCUGCAGCACGACAACUCCGGAGGUCGCCCGUCAUGGUAUAUAAACAAGGUGACCAUACAAGACCUCCAAACACGACAGGUGUGGCAAUUCCUUUGUGACUGCUGGCUGAGUGCUGACCGUGGAGACGGCAUGACCAAGAAAACUUUCAAUGCUGCAAAGAACAACGAGAUUGCCUGCUUCAGGAAUAUUUUCCAGACCAGAACCUCGACUGGCUUUAGAGACGAACACAUCUGGGUGUCCAUCGUGGAUCCUCCCUCACGCAGUCCAUUCACACGUGCCCAGAGGGUCUCUUGCUGCAUGAGCCUGCUCCUCUGCACCAUGGCCAUCAAUAUCGCCUUCUGGAACAUUCCUGUAGACGAGGAAUCACCAGUACUCUUCUCAUUCGGUUCAUUGGAAAUCACCUGGCAGGAGAUCAUGGUCGGCGUAGAGAGUGGUCUACUCAUGUUUCCAAUUAACAUCCUCAUCAUCACCAUCUUCCGAAGCAUCAAACCUCGCAUAGUUUCAAAAUCUCAAAAAGACGACGAGGGUCACACAAGACCCCCCGCUAUUACUAUACCAAGUAUUCUCAAGGAUACAGAAGAGAUAAUUUCUAUGGUGAGUGCAAGUCCAAGGAACAAGAUGUCAGAGAUGCACAGGCUGGAGUCUGCUGGUGACCUCUUCCCUGCGUUGGACAGGAUGCAUGAAUUCAUCCAGCUUAUGCAAGGAGAAACUGAGAGUGACCCCCACUGGGUGUACUGCAGCAAGUUCCUCCUAGCUGGUCUCUGUCACAUCAUGAUGUGCCUGGAGAAACUGGACGGAAAGAACUUCCCGAGUCAAGAUGAGUACCAGCAGGCCCUCAACCUCACCAACCUGCUGGUUCGCAAGGCUGAGAUGGUCUUCAGCAGCCACUUGGCCUACUGCCCACCUCUUGUGAGGAGAAAGGAGAAGAAGUCAGGGAGCUGCUGGCUGCCCUGGUGGUGUGUGUUCCUGGGCUGGUUCUUGUUGCUGUCCAUCAGUGGAGUAUCCACUUUCUUCACCCUGUUGUAUGGUUUUGAGUACGGCAAACAAAAGUCCAUCAAGUGGGUCAUGUCUCUGGGCCUCUCCCUGUUCCAGAGCAUAUUUAUACUGCAGCCUCUCAAGGUGAUAGGCAUUGCUGUGUUUUUUGCCCUGCUGCUGAAACCUGUAGCUGUGGAGGAAAGUGAGGAAAUAGAGCAAGUGCUGUUAGAGCAACAAGAGAAAUGCAGUAAAUAUUCUGGCAGGCACACACUGUGAGGAAGCUGCAUUUACUGAGAUAAGCUGUCUUCUCCAAUGGGCACAGCUUCAAUCCACGGCACCCUCGCUUCAUAAACACGUUUGCACUUAUUGGCAGUUUUACUUUCUGAAUAUAAAAUUGCAUAACUCAUUCUGGUGUUUUGUAUGUGUACAGAAUUCCCAAUGAAAUGGUGAGUCAGAGUAAAUGGAUGAUUAAAUAACUGUUACUGUUGCAUGUCAAAGUGCCCCCCCCCCAAAGUCAUUUAUUAUCCAUAAUGAUUUAUGUGUAUAUAAAGAAAUCUCUGGUUGCCUGGUUUGAACAGCUUUUGUUCUUCUGUUUGUACAAUGUUCAUUUCAACAUACACAAUCAGUAGAAUCCAUUUAUAGUUACAAGAGGCAUUGAAGCAGGUUUAGAUGUCAAAAACUGUUAUAAGCUUUGAGUUAUUGUGAGUAGAAAAUCCUAUAUAUAAUCCAUAUACAAAUACAAACUAUAUAACAUGUUUGUAUAAUCUGCAAAUGUAUAUUUAUUUUGUUCUUCAUUAGUUUACUGCUGCUGUCAGUUUGACUGUUCAUCUCAGUGUAUGACGACCAUCCAUCGAUUGUACACCAACAUGGACUUUCACUUUUAGAGGAGUAGGAAGGUGCUUUUAUCUAAUUGCACAUAUGGGAGCUAAUUAUUAAUUGAUCACUUUUUUUAUUUCAUUUCACCAUCACUGUAAUACAUGCUGAAGGUACAUGUCAUGGGUUUUCAUCAUACAUGCCUUGUUCUGUGUACUUCAGUCUGUCCAGCUUUUGAAUGAUUUAUGUAGCAGAUCUAACUGCAUUCAAGUUUGUGCUUUUGGUUUGGGAAUACAAGCAGGUCUGCAGACACUUUAACACCUUGUCUUGGACCUUCUGUGCUUUUAUUUAUUGUUGUAAUUUAAUG